CUGAAAUAUUGGGAACGAGGUCAGCACACCACCACAAGCCACAACACGCCAUUUUUUUUUUCUUGCCCGGCGGGACCACGCGGAACACAGGCUUGGGUGUGCUCCAGCUUCGUCCAUGGGGUGGCACGAGCAGAAUCUUGCAUCUCCGGACGCUGCAUCCUUGACUAGGCAUGUACAGUAUGCCAGGGCAGUGUCUCGGUGGACCCAGGGGUCACCCGCGUCAUAGUUAAUCAUGCGACAGUGAAUGGUCGGGCGCGCUCUGGACCGUCCCCCGGGCAUCCCAUGUCUUCCCGGGGAGGUCUUGACUCUUGAACGUUGCCAUUGAGUUUGCGCCGUUGACGAAACCGCUGGUAUAACAAGACGUCACCCGCACUCCCUGUGCUUCGAUAGCCCCGACCCUGCCAAAAAGUUUUUCUUUUUCAUUUCAUUUCUUGUACUACUUGGGUUCUAGGUAUUCAGGCAUUCUUCAUUGUACUUGAAUCGCAUUGCAUAGCACCUGUCGGCGGCCCCAUUGAGCGGCCAUCUAUUUGGUCUCGCAGCACAGCACGAGCUCUUCAUCAUCUGCUACGGCAUCAAAUACCACCACCACCACCACCACCACAACAGCAUGUUUGCACAGAGGAUCCUUCGGGCUGGGUCCCGAUCAUGGGCGCCGGCGGCGCGGAGGAGCUUCGCCGCCGUCUCCACACCGGCGCUCACUCCACAGCAAAAGGACAUCGUCAAGGCCACCAUCCCGGCGCUAGAGCAACACGGCGUCGCCAUCACCACACUCUUCUACAAGCGGCUCCUCACCGAGCACCCCGAGCUGCGAAACAUCUUCAACACGGCGCACCAGGCCACGGGCGAGCAGCCCGCCGCCCUGGCGCACGCCGUCUGGGCGUACGCGUCCAACAUUGACAACCCCGGGGCGCUCAAGGACGCCGUCUCGCGCAUCGGACACAAGCACGCCAGCCUGGGCGUCACGGCGGAGCAGUAUCCCAUCGUCGGCCAGGGCCUCUUGGCCGCCAUCAAGGACACGCUGGGGAGCGCGGCGACGCCCGAGAUUCUCGACGCCUGGGCGGCCGCGUACCAGCAGCUCGCCGACAUCUUCAUCAACUUCGAGAGCGACCUGUACCGCCAGGCCAAGACGACGCCGGGCGGCUGGAAGGGAUGGCGCAAGUUCUUCGUGUCGGCCAAGGUCCCCGAGAGCGACGAGAUCAUCUCCUUCCACCUGACGCCCGAGGAUCGAGACGCGCUCCCGGCCUACCAGCCCGGCCAGUUCGUCAGCGUCCGCUGCUUCGUCCCCGAGCUGGGCGCGUACCAGCCCCGACAGUACAGCCUGUCCGACGUCCCCAACCAAAAGUACUUUCAGAUCUCGGUCAAACGGGAGUUCGCCCAUGACGACCGGCCAGCGGGCCGCGUGUCCAACGUCCUGCACGAGACCCUGCCGGUGGGCUCGGAGCUCGACGUCAGCUUCCCCUUUGGAGACUUCGUGCUCGACGUCAACGCCACCACGCCCGCGGUGCUCAUGAGCGGCGGCGUGGGUCUGACGCCCAUGAUGGCCAUGCUCAAGACGCUGGUCGAGCAGGCCAAGGAGCGCAAGGUCGUCUUCGUCCACGCCGCCCGCAACGGCCGCGUGCACGCCAUGAAGCCGACCCUGUCCAAGAUUGUGUCAGAGAACCCCCAGGUCAGCCGCGCCGUCUUCUACGAGCAGGUCGCCGACGGGGACAAGAAGGGCGAGGACUACGACUUUGUCGGUAGGGUGGACCUGAGCAGCAUCAAGGACGUGGCCGUCGUUCCCGAUGCCGAUUACUACAUUUGCGGUCCGCUGCCCUUCAUGAAGGCCCAGAGCGCGGCGUUGGCGGGCAUGGGCGUGGAGCCGGCGCGCAUACACAUGGAGUUGUUUGGCUCGCCGUCGGAGUAAAAAAAAAAUGGAAGCCUGUGAUUUGGACUAUUUAAACUAAUGACACCCCUCUACCAUCAGGUCGCCGGCCUAUUUGCUCAACACGUAGUGAAAUAAGCCCUCUCGUUGGCGCCCCGUGGAUUGAUGCUAUCGCGCCCAACUACUCCUCCAGCUCGGGGUAGUACCUCCAGAUGCCGCUCGAAUACAGCGCGCGGCGAUCGCUCUCGAGAUACUUUUUGAUGUUGGGCCUCUCCUUGAUCGCAUCAUACACCUUGAACACGCCGUCGUACUUGCCCGACUCUUGCAGCUUUCCCACGGACUUGGGAAACGCAUACGUGGUUCCGUCCAGGCACUACACAGGGUCACUGCAUAUCAGCAAUCGGCUCGACCAACACAGGAUGCCGCCUGGCGCGCGAGUCAUUCGCAGGAACGUACCUGGAACAACACUAGAUCUGCGUAUGUGAGCUUGUCGCCAUAUAGCCACGGCCCGUCGCCGCUGGUCUUCGCGUCUAGCACCCGCUGGACGUAGCCCAAGAACUUGGGCAACCGCUCCUCGGUAAAAGCCUUUGCGCGCUUCUUGGCCUCGGGCUUCUGCUCCUCGUAGGUCAAUGACGUUGCGACAGGAUGAUGCGUCUCGUGGACCUCGUUGACGAAGCCGUCCAGCAGCGUCAGCACAAUCCCGUUGAGGUGGAACAGCCCGUCGGCGUCGCUGUCGGCGCCCGCAAGCCCUAGUUUCGGGGCCAGGUAGAGCAGGAUGUUGGGCACCUGGUUGAUGGUGAGGCUGCCGUGCUUGAGCACGGGGGGCGCGAAGACGGGCGGGUUGGUGGCGUCGCCCGUGUUGCUGGCGUCCAUGUAUCCGAGCACCAGGGGCACCGCCUUGUCGCCCGCCGUCUUGGCCGUGUCGGUGUAGGGCACGCCGGCCUCCUCAAAGAGCACACGGAUGAGCUCGCCACGCCCGGGGAUGCCAGGCCAGUAGAUGAGCUCGUAGGGAGCGUCGUCGGUGGUCUUGAUGCGCUUCGUUUGCGGGGCAGACAUGCUUGGAAGUUUGAUCCGAGAUUAUUGUUUUGGCUUGGUGGUG